UUGAGCCGUUUGUUAGUUGAGCCGUUUGUUAGUUGGGCCGUUUGCUUUUCGGUGCACUCGUUUACUCAAAGUCAUAUGUAAAGUGUGCGAAAAAUACAAAUAUCAUGUGACAAGUCCACAAUAAGUUGCCUAAGUAGUAUUUCCGGGGCAAUUUUGUAACUUGGUCUCAUAACACACCGUGCCACCGAGAUAUCCUGCCCUUGCUUCCCGGUCACCGGUCUCCGCUUCCAUGUCCACUGCGGUGCUAGUAGCCGCUGUUGUCGGCGGUGGGGUGCUGCUGCUGAUGCGCCGUUUAUUCCCCCGGCAGAAAGCCGUGAAGCUGCUCCGGUAUCCCGCCGACACCAUGCGAGGGAAGACGGUCAUUGUGACCGGGGCUAACUGCGGGAUAGGGAAGGCCCUGGCCGGGGAGCUGCUGAAGCUCCAAGCCCGGGUCGUCAUGGCCUGUCGGGACCAGCGGAGCGCCGAGGAGGCAGCUAAAGACAUCCAGAAACAGGCGGGACCAGCACAGGGCCAGGUGGUCGUCAAACACCUGGACCUGGCUUCUCUCACAUCAGUCCGGACAUUUUGUGAGGAAAUACGUCAGGAGGAAUCCAAGAUCGACGUGCUCGUCAACAACGCAGGCGUCUACCAGUGUCCCUACACAAAGACAGAGGAUGGUUUUGAGCUGCAGCUAGGUGUGAAUCACCUGGGUCACUUCCUCCUCACUCACCUCCUGCUGGACCUCCUGAAGACCUCGGCUCCCAGCCGCAUCGUCGUGGUUUCCUCGAAGCUCUACAAGUACGGCCAAAUCAACUUCGACGACCUGAACAGUGAAAAUAACUACAAUAAGGCUUCCUGCUACAGUCAGAGCAAGCUGGCCAACCUGCUCUUUACACUCGAACUGGCCCGCCAGCUGGAGGGCACGGGGGUCACGGUCAAUGCUCUCACCCCGGGCAUCGUGAGGACCAGACUAGGCAGGCAUGUCCAAAUCCCCUUCCUGGCAAAGCCGCUGUUCUACCUCGCCUCGCUACUCUUUUUCAAGAGUCCAUUGGAGGGGGCCCAGACUCCGCUUUAUCUGUCCUGCUCCCCCGAGGUGGAGGGAGUUUCGGGAAAGUGUUUCGCUAACUGCGAGGAGGAGGAGCUGAUGGCCAAAGCUACAGAUGACCGGGCAGCCAGGAGACUGUGGGACAUAAGCAGGAGGAUGGUCGGGCUCGCUAACUGAGCAGAGACCUGUUCUGUGGACCGUGCUGGGGAGGACUCGUGUGUUCUUGGAUAAAAUACUUAAUCUCCAGCAGCCCCACAGACACUGCGGGAGAUGGCUUGUGAAAAGACUGAUUGCCACCUUGGGGAUAUAAUUAUUAAUUGAAUGACGUAUUGUGCCACUGAAGUGUUUAAAUUAAGCGUCUGUGAGCAAGAGUGCAUAAAGCUUUGAAUUUAAAAAAAAAAACGUGCCCGUGAAAUGAAUUUUCAUACCUGCUCUGUAAUAACCGAAGUCUUCGUCAUGCACAUGUACAUGUAAUAAAAAUAAUCUGGUUACCCGUGUACGUGGCCAGUGAAGAUCAUUUAUCCAGGGAAAUUAGGUUUCUCCAAUCCCCAAACCUCGAUUACAGCAAAAGACUAGACAUGAACUUUUUGGCUUCCUAGAAAUACACUCAGGAAGGUGAGAAAACACAGAGCUCGAUGGUAGAUUUUCCUGUCAAAACUACUUUAAAAUCAACCUUUCAGUGCAAACAGAUGUGGAGAUUAUUCCAAAAACUAACUAAUUCACAGUCUCCAGGAAGCCUGCUCAAUCUGGGUACAUUAUAAAAUACAAAAAUAGCGGCUUGCUCUCUUGUCUUUAUGCCUGACCAAGAUUCACACACACACACACACA